AUGGGCUCAACUGAGAAAUUUGACUACGACUACAUUGUGAUUGGGGGCGGUUCUGGGGGUUUGGCGAGCGGGAAGCAAGCAGCAGGGCUAGGGGCUAGGGUUUUGGUGUUGGACUUUGUAAAACCCUCAAUUAGAGGUUUGAGUUGGGGUUUAGGAGGGACUUGUGUUAAUGUUGGAUGCAUUCCAAAAAAGCUGCUGCACUUUGCUGCUCAAACUCGCCAAUUUGGGGUUUGGGAAGCCCCCAUGCUUGGCUGCAACCCUUACGUCGCUCUAAACCCUUUUUCAGGGUUUCCAGAAAACCAACUCAAACCCUGCGACUGGCAAACCCUCGUCGAGAGAGUGCAGUCUUACAUAAAGCAGCUGAACUUCAGCUACCGCGUGGGCCUGCAGAAUGCGGGGUGUACGUACACCCGAGCCUUGGCCCGGCUUGUGGGGCCCCACACGGUGGAGUAUGAAGAAAAGGGAGUUAAAAAAGAAGUUUCCGCGAAGCACCUGCUGCUCGCCGUCGGCGGGCGCCCCCACGUGCCCCCGGAGGUCCCCGGGGCCCGCGAGUUCUGCGUCACUUCCGACGAGAUCUUCAGUUUGAAACAAAGUCCCGGAAAGACGUCAGCGUCUCCUUUUUCCGCUCAGUUGUCUCUUUAA